AUCCAAGUUUCCUUUAUUCCAAUACAUACAAGGGUUAAAUGGGAUAAUAAAGGUAUUGAUGUCAUAAUGAUGCGAACGAGUGAAAUAAAUACAUAUGGAUUUGAUUUCUUUCAUUACAAAACACAGUGUUGACAGUAGUGGAUUGCCAGUGAAAUAUUGUUUGUUUAAUUUCUGACUCAUAAAUAUGAAUACAUCUACACUAUUGAGUAGGUCUAUGGAGGAAGACAUACAGGUACAUUCCUGACGGAUUCGCACUUGCUGGUUUUUCCUAUAAACAAAUUCACCUGUGAAAAGAUCAUCCUUUUCCAGGAAUCGUGUGUAUUGGUUUCGAUUCGCCCUUCUGAAACAAUAUUUGAUCAGUCAGAUCCAACCCAAGCUGUUGUGGAUUAAUUGUUUGCCUAUUGAUCGUGAAAUUGAAGCUGAACCAGCCAUAUUGACAGUCUACUGGACUUGUGAGGUUGCUAUAUACAGCAAGCACUACGGUUUGGCAGAAUGUAUCGUAACUAUUUAAGGUUGCAAGUUUUGUUCUUGCACGUGUGUACGAAGGUUCUCAGACAUGUCGUGGAACACUUUGCAAAAGAAGAAUGGGGCGGCGUUUUAGAAGAUUUUAAUCUUGCAAAUUUCAUCAAGACGAAGGUUGACAUAUUGAAGGAUUUGCAGCGUCGAAAAAUUCUCAACAAAUCCCAAGUGGAGGCUAUCGAAAACGGACAAUACCAAGAAUGGGAUAUAACUCUUUUAGCAGUAGUACUCCUAAAUAUGGUUCAAAUGGAGCCUCACGAAAGAGCUGCAGUAGAAAGUAUUCGAACAGAAAGGAACAACAUUCAGCAUUCUAGUAAUGUUGAAGUUAAUGAUGCAAACUAUUAUACUAUCUGGACAAAUGUUACUAAUUCAAUUAGACUAUUGGCUUCGGUGUCUGGACCGGAUUUCAAGGCGGACAUCGAGAAAUACUUGAAAACAACAGAGCAAUUGGAUGAACCCGGAGAACCCUGGAAAACAGUAAUAAUGGAGUUGUUAAAAGAAUCGAAAAUGAACUUAAUUCUGCAAAAACUGAACGAACUAGACAAGAAUGUGCAAUCUAUUCACAAAAAAAUUAGUUCCGAGCCAGGUUCUUUAACGCCAAAAAACCAAUGCGAUAUUAAUAUAGAAAACAACAGCAGAAUAUUUAUGGAGAAUCUGAUGAAGAAGCCUUCAUUCAAAACAAAACGGUCUGUAUUGGAGCAAGCAAAGUCAUUUUUGACGAACGAGAAAGUAGUCGUAUUAACCAGUUACAAAGAAGAUCUUGUGAUGUCUAUCCUUAAAGACAUUGUCAUGUGUUUCCAAAAAGAAAUGAGAAAUGUUACACUAUUAAAUACUACGAGCGAAUGGAAAUCCGUUUCGCCAAAUGAUACAGGCCUAAUUAUUUUGAAAAACAUCACAGGGCCGUGGUCAAAGAGGGAGUUAACAGAAACACACACGAUUGAUAAAUGGACUUAUUUGUUUGACGCAAUACAUGCACGUGCAGAAGGUUCUUCGAUGUCAGUUGCGAUAGUUUUGAAGAAAACACAUUUAGAUGAGAUUACAUCCAAGUUGUGUGAUCACAAAAUUCUUAAGAAUGUGGUCGAAAUUCGAGUAAGAGACGCUGCACCAGGUCCAUUGCCUGAUCAAUCACAAACUCCAUCCGCAGGCACUAGUGACGAUGUAAUUCUAAGGAAGAAAGAUCAACAUCUGAACAAACUAGGGGUAAACGUAGACGACACAAAUAAACCAAGGAAUUCUUACAAACUUGUAACUGACAAUUCCACAUCACAUAGUUUCAUUUCUUGCAUUUUGGUUUCAAGUGCUCAAGAUUGCAUUGUAGUAGUCGACGUAUGGACCAGUUGUAUCAAGUUGUUUCACACUGAACAACAAAAACCGCACGCGGAAGUAGACUGCAAAUUGAAGAAUUGGAACGAUCCUUGGGCUGUAGCUGAAGUUCCAAAUACCCAACAAUUUGCCGUGACGUUUCCAAAAGACAACAAGAUCAGGAUGUUUGAACUUACAAAGACGUUCACAUUUACAGUCUGUAGAAAUUUUCAGACAAUCCAAACAGUAGCAGACUGUCGCGGCAUCUGUAGUUUAGAAGGUUACUUGGUAGUUUCCUUUGGAACAGCGGGAGACUGUCGAGAACAUGGGAUGAUACAAAUCGUAGCACUUACAGGAGACGUCUACAAACAAAUAGACCAUAAAGGAGGGGAACCUCUUUUCAAUAAUCCUAAGUACUUGGUACUUAGCCCAGAAAAGAAUCUCAUACAUGUCAGCGACAAAAGCAAAAACAAGAUCAUCACGAUCGAUUUUGAGGGCACAGUUUGGUCCGAAAUCGACAUUCAACGCCCUGGCUGUGUCAUUGCUGAUCCUAGCACAGGCGGUUUAUACAUUUGCUCAAAGGCCACAACUAAUCUGUUUCAAGCAUGUUGUGAAACCGACACAUGUUUUGACGUUGACGCACAACAUUUUGGAAAGGAACCAGUUGCAAUGGCGUUUGACAGAGCUAAGCAGUGCCUGCAUUUAGCCUUCCGUGGCUCACCUGAGAUAAUGGAAUAUGCGAUCAACACUAACAGUCAAAGUAGAAAAGUUGAACUCUGAAUAAGAACAUACAAAGCAGACAUACGGCCAUGUAACUGUAUUGUGACGAUAAAUAACACCUGACGAGUAAAAAGUGUUGUUAUUUUUAACAACAUGCAUUUAAUGUGCUAAUUUCGUUGAAUAUAUUUCUAGUAUUAUUGUGUUAUUGAUUACAAUUUGAAUUUGGUGAUGACAAUUAACAUUUUUGUCAUAAAAGACCAUACUGUAAAACAGUUUUACGGCAAUGUCAUUUGUAGUUAUCUACUUUUUGUUAUGAAUUUUCAUGUAAGGUGUCUUAUGUAUUUGAGCAAUUAAAUCUGUAUUUACUAAUGUAAGAUUUACUAUUUAAUGAA